AUCAAAGAAAGUGCAUCACAGACAAGAGAUGUUCUCAAACAGCAUUUUAAUGAUUUAAAGGGAACCCUUGGAAAGCUCCUGGAUGAGCGAUUGGUGACCCUUUUGCAAGAGGUGGACACCAUUGAACAGGAGACCAUUAAACCACUAGAUGACUGCCAGAAGCUCAUAGAACACGGAGUCAACACUGCAGAAGACUUAGUCCGAGAAGGUGAGAUUGCCAUGCUUGGUGGUGUGGGAGAAGAGAAUGAGAAACUAUGGAGCUUUACCAAAAAGGCCUCGCACAUUCAGUUGGACAGAGAAUCUUUGUGUAACAUCUUGCAAAUCCCCUACUGCCAUAAGAAUUACUUACUGGGGUCUUCAGGAUCUUUCAAGCUUGUGGAUGACGACUUUACAGCCCAAGAUUACAGGCUCCAGUUUCGUAAAUGUACUUCAAAUCAUUUUGAGGAUGUAUAUGUAGGUUCUGAAACUGAAUUCAUAGUAUUGCACAUAGACCCCAACGUUGAUUAUCAGUUCAGAGUCUGUGCCCGAGGAGAUGGCCGACAGGAGUGGAGUCCUUGGAGUGUUCCCCAAAUAGGUCAUUCCACAUUGGUGCCUCAUGAGUGGACAGCUGGUUUUGAGGGGUACAGUCUGAGCAGUCGAAGAAAUAUAGCACUCCGGAAUGAUUCUGAAUCAUCAGGUGUUCUCUACUCCAGAGCUCCGACUUAUUUCUGUGGACAGACAUUAACAUUCAGAGUUGAAACUGUGGGACAACCAGACAGAAGAGACAGCAUAGGAGUGUGUGCAGAAAAACAGGAUGGAUAUGACUCUCUGCAGCGGGAUCAAGCUGUGUGCAUUAGUACAAAUGGUGCAGUUUUUGUCAAUGGAAAAGAAAUGACGAAUCAGUUACCCGCAGUUACCUCUGGGUCCACUGUCACAUUUGACAUUGAAGCCGUGACUCUAGGAACCUGCAAUAAUAAUGAAGGUGGACACUUCAAGCUUCGAGUAACUAUAAGUUCAAAUAACAGAGAAGUGGUUUUUGAUUGGUUACUUGAUCAGUCAUGUGGUUCUCUUUACUUUGGAUGCUCAUUUUUCUAUCCUGGAUGGAAAGUGUUAGUGUUUUAGAUGUUUGGGUGCUUGGCUGUUGUUUUCAGGGUUUAACAUAGCUGUCCUCAGCCCAGCAUAGUUGUAAUUCCUUUAAAAAAAAAAAAAAAAAAGUUGAAUUCAUCUCUAACUUAGGCCGUUGAAAAUGGAAAGUGUUUACUGCAUUCAUUUUGUAAUAUUUUAGCAAAAAGAGACUUGAAUGUUGUGGACAAAAUCAUAUAAUUCAGUCAUUUUUAUUUUUACCAUACUGUUAAAUAUCACAUCACAGUAAAAAUCAAAUUGGUUUUACAAGUAUGAGAAAAUAUAGAAAGUUCUAUACCCUUCCACUCUACUUCUUAAAGUGGUUAUUAGACCAGGAAAACUUAAUGUAAUAUUAUUUUUUAAAUCAUCAUAAAGGAUCCAAGUCCGUGUAACUCUUUAGAAUAAAACAAGAGGAAUAGAUCAGAUAGAAGAAGCUGUGUAAUGUAUUAAUACAUCCACUCAUGUGCUGUCCACAUGAAUGUGUUGACUGUGCUUUCCAUGUUCGGGUAUUUGUAAGCAGUGUGGACUUUUAUCUCAUCUUCAAUAAUCUUUAAGUCCCCAAAACAUUAUAAUGUUUUCUUUUUUUUUGAGAUGGAGUCUCGCUCUUGUCGCCCAGUCUGGAGUGCAGUAGUGUGAUCUCAGCUCACUGCAACCUCUGUCUCCCGGGGUCAAGUGAUCCUCCUGCCUCAGCCUCCUGAGCAGCUGGAAUUACAAGCGUCUGCCACCACGCCCGGCUAAUUUUUGUAUUUUUAGUAGAAACGGGGUUUCACCAUGUUGGCCAGGUUGGUUUCAAACUCUUGACCUCAGGUGAUCCACUCGCCUCAGCCUCCCAAAGUGCUAGGAUUAUAUGUGUGAGCCACUGCACCAGGCCAAUUUUUGUAUUUUUUUAAAUGCUUGACCAAGUGUCUGUAAUAGGCAAGUAGUACCUUUGGUUCUUUCAUUGCAAUUUGAUUCAGUAUAGGCUACAGUAUUUUUACAGGGUAAAACUACUUAUGGAAGUAGUAUGCACAGCAGUGUUAGCCAUUUCAUAUGUAUGUAAUAUGCACAUGUGUGUAUCCAACCUGCCUGUGACGUGCAUUUUACUCUUUGCAGAGUAUGAGCUACAGUCCAGUUUAAUGUCAGUUUGAUAAGUGGUCUCUUAGCAGACCAAAAAAAUACAGGAUAAAUACUUAACCUUUUUUUUUUGAAAACUUAAAUUUAUGUGUAAAAUAUUUAUUUGAAGGACUUUAAUAUGUAAAAAUAAUUGUCUUGCUAUGCCAGCCGCUAUGGAUUUUAUUUUAAUGUGAAUUAUUUUUUUCAUUUUUACCAGUAGUGAAAAAGUAGAAAAGCAAGUAUGAUAUUUUUGUAAGAUAAUUUAUUUGGGGAUUCAUGUUCCCUGUUAGACAAUCAUGACCUUUUCUCCUUGUCUUUUUAUGUAUAAGUAAGUAGAAUUUCACUUGUUUAGGGAUUAAGAAGAUGUUCUAGAAUGUACAUACCUUGUCCAGCCAUCAGAAUCAAAAUAAAAAACUAAAAAAGUUCA